UUCUUCAUCCGCCUCUGUCAGUCGUUCCUGAGCCGAGUUUGUCAUAAUACUAUUACCCCCCCCGGUUCCUAUCCAUCUAUCUUUUUUUUUUUCUUUUGAGACCGAUAGGCCGGCGGAAAAAAAAGAAAAAAAGGCUUCCCCAUCUCUAAACCCCCCUAAAAAACCUCCCCGCACAGUAUACACCAAAAGUCCCACACCCCACCAUUCCCCCUCCUUCCCGAAACAUCGGGUGUCGGUAGCAAAUCGCAGCUUCGGAAAAGGGGGACCAAAAAAAAACCUCGCAACGUCGAAAAAGACUUGUUCACAGCAUAACCUUCGUUCACCACCCACUUUCACCCACCCCCACCACCCCCACCUUUCAAAAGGAAUAAGUUUGUACUGCGCGGAACAAGAGGCUUUAAUAGUCAUUUUGGAUGACUUCCCCUUCUACCGCUACAGCUCCACUUGCCGAGAAAGAAGUUCGUCCGACGUCGAUCGCGUGGAGGGCAAACCUUCCUGAGCGACCUGCCUCAGAAGGUCGUCGCCGCCAGCUGUCUCUAGCCUCCAGCGUUGGAAGCGUUAGCUUACCGAGCGGAUCUGUCCGGGGAGACCGCCCGAGAUCGUUAUCAUCUCCUCCUCCACCUCCUACCUUUCUAAAGCGGGUUUCGUUCGAUACGUUCGACAAUAAAGAUGCCUCUGACUUUUCCCUCACGCUAAAGUCAAAACACAAGGACUACGCAUACACUCGAAGGUCCCGGACAUUUCUCUGCGGAACUGACCAGAACGACUAUUCUGAAUUUGCGCUGGAAUGGCUGAUCGAUGAGCUCGUUGAUGAUGGUGACGAGGUGGUCUGCUUGAGGGUCGUCGAUAAGGACAGCAAGAUCAGCAGCGAUGCGGCCUUGCAGGUGCGCCAGUAUAGACAUGAAGCCGAGAACCUCCUGAACCAGAUAAUUGAAAAGAAUGAGGACGAUAAGACCAUAUCCAUCAUCCUGGAGUUCGCUGUAGGCAAGGUUCAUGAGACGAUUCAGAAAAUGAUUCAUAUUUACGAGCCCGUCAUACUGAUCGUAGGAACCCGCGGCCGAUCACUCGGCGGCCUUCAGGGCCUCCUCCCAGGGUCAGUGUCAAAGUACUGCCUCCAGCACUCCCCGGUCCCGGUAAUUGUCGUUCGGCCCUCCUCAAAGAGGGACAAGAAGAAGGCCAAGAGAAAAGCAGACCCGGGGAGGAAGGUUUACCAGGAGAUGGUACACAACUCCGAUACUGCCUUCACAAAUCACGGGAAUCACAGUCACAGGAGUGUGUCCGGGGUCACUGAGGCCAUGUCCAACACGUCAAUUAGCUCCCUGGGUGAACCCAUCGGCCAAAAUAGCCCCGGGGGCGAUGUCUCGCCAAAAAGUUUGGCCCCCGAUGGUGGAGGGGAAGGCGGGAACUCACCUGCGUCCGAGUCGCCGACACCUAGUUCUGAAUGCUUUGGUGGUGGGGGCGCCAAGCUUGACGUGGAGGAGGAUAGGUGAUUCAUUUUCUCUUUCCCUAUUCUAGCCUGAGGAUGUUUUUUUGGUUGGUGCUUCUUGUUAUCAUUAUACCUGUUUUUGCUUGUUUCCUUCUCUCCUCUCCUGGUUAUGUUUGUGUUUGCGCUUUUCAUCGUUGGUGGUUCUGGGUUUUCCUUUGUCAAAGUAUUCUCAAUUUUUUUCCCUCUCUUUGAGAGUCUAGGAUUGCAUUGUUUGUAUCAAGCUUGGAGGGUUUCCCUGC